CCCUCAGAACUGGUGCGAAGGGCUCGCAAUCUUAUCCGCCGCGAGGGUCUGGGCAAGCGUUCUGCACCUUUCGAUUCGCCUGGCGGCAUGCUUGGUAGCGAAGAAAUCUCUGGAUUGCACGCAACACCACCCAAGCGUCUUAGCAUGGCUAGCCGACGUCAAGAGGUAUUUUCCUUUUUCUCUUAUUAUAACUGUAUUUCAUCUCUGAACACAUGUUUUCUUGACUGCUUGAAUUGA